AUGAUUAACCAGUUGGUAAGAUUAAACGGUAGGAGAUACUUUUCCCAAUCUUUGAAAUCAAAUGUUCAUUUCAAAGAUGGUGUUUAUACAAACUUACCUUUCAAAGUCAAGGACAGAAAGACUCCUUAUGCUUUGACUCAUUUCGCCUUCUUCGGUCUUGGUUUCGCUGUUCCUUUCCUUAUUACUUAUGCUCAAUUGAAAAAAUCAGGUACUAUUUAA